AUGCCAGCAUCUCGGGGCAGCGGCGGCGUGUCGACAUCGUCGGCCUCGGCGUCCGUGUCGUUGCCAGCGCUCCCUGGCGCCUCGACCGCAGCAAGAGACACCACAGACAGAGAUAGCACGCCGUCCACGCCGUCCUCACCAUCGCCGACACCAGCAUCGCCCUCCUCGCCCCCUGCCGCUGCUGCCGACAGCCAGCCGCCUCGGUCGUCGAUCCCUGCAGCUUCAGCAUCCCCAUCCGCAAGAACAUCGAAUACGCCCUCAGUGUCUGCCUCAACAUCUACGCCUACUCUCACGCAUACUCCCGUCCCUACGACUGCUCCCCCGUCUACGUCUUCCUCCGCGUCCGUAUCGCGCCCCGGCCUACUGGCGCGCCUGGGCAGCUCCCUCAAUCUGCCUCUGCCGCUCCCCCUGCGCAACCGCAACCGCAGCGUGACCGACUUCCAUGUAGUCUGCGACGAGCCUCAUCGGAAAUAUGUCGCCGGCGAACACGUCCACGGCUCCGUCGUCCUGGUCGUUGUCAAGCCGGUGCGCAUCACCCACCUGGUCGUUACGCUGCACGGCUUCGUGCGCGUGCUGAGGGAUCCCGCCGGCGCUGCCAAGGUCCGCAACAUCACUACGCUGCCGCAGGGAGGAAGCUCCUCGCGCCCGCAGUAUCAUGGCAACGGCUUCGCAAGCCUCUUUCAGGACGAGCAGGUGCUGAGUGGCGAGGGCAGGCUUGAUCCCGGCAGAUACGAAUUCGGUUUCGACUUGGUGUUCCCCGACAAGGGACUGCCAAGUAGCAUUGACUUUGAGCGCGGAACCGUAUCCUACAUGGUCACGGCAACUCUAACACGCCCCCUAUCCAUGGCGGCGACAAUGACAUGCGAAAGAAAAGUAAUGCUGGCCGAGAGGAUAGACGUGGGCCUCCUGCCGCCGCCGCAACCGAGAACCAUCUUCCUUGAACCGAUAUCUAAGAAGACGAGAAAGAAGAAGUCAUCAAUGGCACUGGACAAGAGCUCUCUUGCUACCCCUGAGCCGGUCGAUGUGGUCCCUGAGCCCGACGCAGGAGAACCAAUCUCGACCCCUUCCGAGGAUACCGCCGCGCGUGAGAAUUCCCUUGGCGACCAGCAAAGCGAACGCCGAGGAGCGGCCGCCUUGAGCGAUGUGCAGAGCGAGGUCAGCGGCGAGAGCGGCCGCAGCAUCAGCACCGCCAUGAGUCGGAGCGACAUGACUCAGCUAUCGCAGGUGGGCACCAGUGCCUUCACGUCAGCGCAGCAGCAAGCUGUCAACGACAAGACCAUUACCGCCAGCAUUGAGCUUCUCAGGGGCGGCUGCUUGCCGGGUGACGCCGUGUCGGUGCGAGUUACGGUGCAGCAUAUCAAGCAGGUCAAGAGCAUGACUGGUGUUAUUGUAACGCUUUUUCGUCAGGGUAAAAUCGAUACCUCGCCUCCGUCUCAGCUGUUCAAGGACAUGAUGACCAGGGAGGACGCUCGUCGAAUACAGAGAGAAGAUAUAUACCCCAGGUCACGAACGGGAUUGGGCGGCCUUUCACUCUCGUCCGCCGGCUCCAUCAGCGUAUUCCGCAAAGACCUCGACCAGACAACGGCACCGCUCAUCAUCGACCCGGGAACUAUGCAAGCGUCCGUCACGGUGCCAGUCAAACUCCCUGAUGACUCGUUCCCGACCAUCAAGGGAGUACCUGGAGAUAUGGUUUCCUUCAAGUACCAGGUAGAAGUCAUUGUCGACCUGGGUGGGAGGUUAUCCGGCCAUUUCCCAUCCAGGAAGACUUCGAGAUUCGGCGCGUUUAGCAGCAGCGCUACAGACCAGACCAUAAGCAUGUUUUCACAAAGAAGGGGGGCUCAGAUAGAAAUCAUCGACACAGCUCCGCUUAGGAGGCAAAAGGGCGUUGUUUGCGUGACGAUCGAGUCCAUUGUCGGCACGGUGGAUUCAUCAGGGCAGCGGAGGCUCGUCAAGGUGUCAUCGUCGUCGAAAACGCUCGACAAUGCGGAGAGCGACGACGAGAUGGGCUUUGUCCCAACCCCGACCCGGUACGAAGAAAUCGACCGCAACAACCCGCAACCCCAUGGGCCACCACCGCAAGAAUACUUUCCUCCACCCGCAAAUCAUCAACGUCCAUCCUACUCUCCUACUCGCCCUCCUCAUCCGAGCUAUCCGCCAACAAGCAAUCACGACCUUGCACCAUCUUAUACGCCGCCCCCUCCUCAGUUGCCCGAUCCGAGAAACUUGACGGAGAAGGAUCGCAUACGACAGGCAGAGCAAAGACUGCUGCCCAGCCGUCCGCAAGCCGGACCGUCUUCGCCUGACGAAGACGACAUUUACGAUGCCCAAGCCACGCCACGACCACCCUAUGCAGGCAAUUCAGGGGAGGAAGACAACAUUGGCCCCUCGGCGCCGACAGAAGGAGAGCUCACGGCCGCCGUCCACGGUCCGAUGGACGCUGGAGAGGAUAAACAGGAGCGUGAGCGGAGGCGGUUGAUGCAAGAAGCCAGCGCUCCCCCCGAAUUCCCCGAGGACAUGGAUCGAGGCGGCGGACCCGGUCGGGCCCCUAGGGAAGACGACUUGACGGCCGAUGCUGAACCUACUGCGCCCACGAUGGUUGAAGAUGAGGAUGAUUAUCCGGGGUAUAAUGCCAACGCAACAUCAUCCGGGAGCACAAGUGCACACAGGAGACACGACAACGAUGAUGGAGAGCAGUUACCCGCGUAUCGGCGGUAA